AUGCUUCGGCAAAGGUGUUUAAUUCAACUGACUAAACAGUGCAUAUCGCGGCAGAGUUUACUAAAGAAAAAUGUGAACGUAACAUUCUGUAAACUUCAAUAUAGAUAUAAUUCUGAUGCUAAGGAGAGAAAAUUCACAGACCGCCAUGAAUGGGUUGUUGUAAAAGAUAACAUUGGCACAGUGGGAAUAAGUAAUUAUGCACAGGAAUCUCUUGGAGACGUUGUGUUUGCACAGCUGCCUGAUGUAGGCACAGAGGUUAAAGCUGGUGAUGAGUGUGGGGCUUUAGAAAGUGUGAAAGCAGCUAGCGAAAUAUACUCCCCUGUUAGUGGAACUGUGACAGCAAAAAACCGUGACGUAGAAAACAAACCUGGCUUGAUUAACACAUCUUGUUAUGAAAAAGGUUGGCUGUUUAGACUCAAGUUAUCAAAACCAGAGGAGUUAAAGGAUCUCAUGACCGAUACGCAGUAUGAGACAUUUUUGAAAACCGAUGUUGAAAAGGAACAUUGA